GCCCGCCUUCUGUUAUGGCAAACAAUCUGGUUGGCUGGCGUCACUCAACACACGCCGCCUUUUCUGCAGCGAAUAUUUACUACUGUACCUACUAUCAAGAGAAGCAAAACACAGACAGACAGACAGACGGACAGCCAACCAACCAUCCAACCAACAAGCCAGACUGACAGACAGACCAUCAAGAUGCCUGCAGAGAAGGUACAGGAACCGGUGAAGACCAACGGUGUGACAAAUGAAAGAGGGAAGAUCAUCACUGAAGUAGAGGAUGAUGAGGACAAUCUCAGUCCAGAUGACCUGUCCGAGUUGCUAGCGGAGGGAACCAAGGAGUCCCACGACAGAGCAGAGAACUGCCAGUUUGUCAAAGACUUCCUCAGGGGACGCAUCCAAAGAGAACUGUUUAAGCGGGGCACAGUGGCGCUCUACUUUGUCUAUACUGCCAUGGAGGAGGAGAUAGAGAGGAACAGGGACCACCCCCAGUUUGCCCCCAUCUACUUCCCCACUGAGCUGCACCGACGUGAGGCUCUGGCCCGGGACCUGGAGUACUUCUAUGGAGAAGACUGGGAGAAGCAGGUCACCUGCUCCCCGGGCACCCAGCCAUAUGUAGACCGCAUCCACGAAGUGGGACGUGAAGACCCGGUCCUGCUGGUGGCCCACUCCUACACCCGCUACAUGGGUGACCUCUCUGGGGGUCAGAUCCUUAAGAAGGUGGCACAGCGGGCGCUGAAGCUGCCCUCUAGUGGCGAGGGGCUGCACUUCUACCAGUUUGAGGGCAUCCACAGCACCAAGGCCUUUAAACAGUUGUACAGGAGCAGGAUGAACGAGCUGGAGAUGGACCAGGAGACCAAGGAGAGGAUCAUAGCCGAGUCUAACCUGGCCUUCAAGUUCAACAUGGAGGUGUUCACAGAGCUGGAGGAGGCAGGGAAGAGCAUCAAGGAAGAGGUGAUGGACGCAGGGUUCCCAGGACAUGGCCAUGGGGACAUGGACGGAGACAUUAACAAGUGCCCUUACUACUCUGCCAAAAUGGUGGCCAGUGGCAACACUAACUUUGCCUGUCAGUUAGCCAUGAUGCUGCUGAGACAUCCUGUUGGUCAGAUGGUUCUGGCCAGCUGGGCGGCUGCUGUCGCCGGAUUGGCUGCCUGGUACCUCAUGUGAUCUGUCACAGACUGAUUCAGCCAAUCAUAUGUUUAAAGGGCGGAAGACUCAACAAGGAAAUUAUGGACUUCUGGAGGAGGAAGGCCAAGCUUUGUCCAGACUAAUGAACUUGUUCCCUCCCUCAAUCCUUUUCAUUCUUUAUUUCUCUCACUCCCUUCGUUGCUGUGUUGAUACCAGCUGGUUGUUGUAGUAAUGAUGUCACUGUAACGUUGUAGGGUAUGAACCCGUCUUUAAUGAAUCUUUUCACUGCCUACAUGCAGAUGAUCUCCUUAGUAAUGUCCUCUUCAGUACUUAUCACCUGCACUAUUCUGCUUAUCAACACUGAAUAGUUACAUUGUUCAAAUUUCGUUUAUGGCUGUAAGUGUGUAUUGAAACUAUACUGUACUCGCAGUACAGUGUAUUUUAGGCAUAUACAGUUGAAGUCGGAAGUUUGCGUACACUUAGGUUGGAGUCAUUAACAUUUGUUUUUCAGCCACUCCACACAUUUCUUGUUAACAAACUAUAGUUUUGGCAAGUCGGUUAGGACAUCUACUUUGUGUAUGACACAAGUAAUUUUCCCAGCAAUUGUUCACAGACAGAUUAUUUCACUUAUAAUUCACUGUAUCACAAUUCCAGUGGGUCAGAAGUUUACAUACACUAAGUUGACUGUUUAAACACCUUGGAAAAUUCCAGAAAAUAAUUCCAUGGAUUUAGCAGCUUCUGAUAGGCUAAUUGACAUCAUUUGAGUCAAUUGAAGGUGUACCUGUGGAUGUAUUUCAAGGCCAACCUUCAAACUCAGUGCCUCUUUGCUUGACAUCAUGGGAAAAUCAAAAGAAAUCCGCCAAGACCUCAGAAAACAAAUUGUAGACCUCCACAUGUCUGGUUCAUCCUUGGGAGCAAUUUCCAAACGCCUGAAGGUAUCACGUUCAUCUGUACAAACAAUAGUAUGCAAGUACAAACACCAUGGGACCACGCAGCCGUCAUAACGCUCAGGAAGGGGACACGUUCUGUCUCCUAGAGAUGAAUGUACUUUGGUGCGAAAAGUGCAAAUCAAUCCCAGAACAACAGCAAAGGACCUUGUGAAGAUGCUGGAGGAAACGGGUACAAAAGUAUCUAUAUCCACAGUAAAACGAGUCCUAUAUCGACAUAACCUGAAAUGCCGCUCAGCAAGGAAGAAGCCACUGCUCCAAAACCGCCAAAAAAAAGCUAGACUACGCUUUGCAACUGCACAUGGGGACAAAGAUCGUACUUUUUGGAGAAAUGUCCUCUGGUCUGAUGAAACAAAAAUAGAACUGUUUGGCCAUAAUGACCAUCGUUAUGUUUGGAGGAAAAAGGGGGAGGCUUGCAAGCCGAAGAACACCAUCCCAACUGUGAAGCACGGGGGUGGAAGCAUCCUGUUGUGGGGGUGCUUUGCUGCAGGAGGGACUGGUGUACUUCACAAAAUAGAUGGCAUCAUGAGGGAGGAAAAUGAUGUGGAUAUAUUGAAGCAACAUCUCAAGACAUCAGUCAGGAAGUUAAAGCUUGGUCGCAAAUGGGUCUUCCAAAUGGACAAUGACCCCAAGCAUACUUCCAAAGCUGUGGCAAAAUGGCUUAAGGACAACAAAGUCAAGGUAUUGGAGUGACCAUCACAAAGACCUGACCUCAAUCCUAUAGAACAUUUGUGGGCAGAACUGAAAAAGUGUGUGCGAGCAAGGAGGAUUACAAACCUGACUCAGUUACACCAGCUCUGUCAGGAGGAAUGGGCCAAAAUUCACCCAACUUAUUGUGGUAGGCUAAUGGAAGGCUACCCAAAAUAUUUGACUCAAGUUAAACAAUUUAAAGGCAAUGCUACCAAAUACGAAUUGAUUGUAUGUAAACUUCUGACCCACUUGGAAUGUGAUUGGGGAAAAAGCUUAAAUAAAUCAUUCUCUCUACUAUUAUUCUGACAUUUCACAUUCUUAAAAUAAAGUGGUGAUCCUAACUGACCUAAAACAGGGGAUUUCUACUAGGAUUAAAUGUCAGGAUUGUGAAAAACUGAGUUUAAAUGUAUUUGGCUAAAGUGUAUGUAAACUUCCGACUUCAACUGUAUUUAUGUUGUAAAUGUUGCAAAGAUUUUGAUCUUGUAAUUAUGUAAUUGCAAUACAAAAUGUAUAUGUUUGGGAAAGCAGUAUUUGAAAACCUGUCCGCUGUAUGCAAUGCUGAUUUUUUUUAAACAUGUUGACAAAUGUGUUUUAUCAAUGCUUUUGUAUUCCAAGAGAUCUAUUGGGAAUGCUGCCUGUGUUAAACUGUAGACCAGAAUGUAGUACACAUAGAUGUAAUGGGAAUGCUGCCUGUGUUAAACUGUAGACCAGAAUGUAGUACACAUAGAUGCCUUAGCCAGGAAGGUUCUUGGUCUAUAACGCUUUAAUAAAGAGAAGUUAAAAUCA